AUGGCCACUGGUCUAGACUUCUGUCAAGACCUCCCAAAUCCGAGAUUCCUCACCAUCAAAAUCUCAACCCCAAAAGCCCAACAACCAUUAUCUCUCCAUGACCAUGAUGCUCUCGAUGAGGUCGUUCACGGCUGCCGCACGCCAACAUCCAAAGAGCACAAAAUUCCCACGGUUGUUACAUGCCCGCCUGCACCGCGAAAGCCUGCCAGACGGGCGGCUUCCUCAUGCAAGAGGAAGCUGCAAUUCUUCGAGACGGCGAACCAGGAUGAGGUCGAGGACUUUUUCAGAUCGAGCUUUUUGAUUAAUUCUCGUGCCAAGAGGAGCUGCCCCUGUACAUAA